CAGUCGCGUGGCAGCCCGCCGUGUCAUGGAGGAUCUCCUGCAGCAGAUCAUCAGGGAGUCGAAUAAUGCAAAAUUACAAAAUUUACGGAAAUCGGCGCAGGAAGCGUACGAUUUCUUGGGUAAACAGCAAGGUUUGUUGCGGGAUCCACCGCACGAAUUACGAGCAAAAUGCUUACACGCGCUUCAGCUAGCACUCGAAACGAAAAGAAGCAAGUUUGUUGCUUUUGGCCUAUCGGGAUUACAUAAAAUGUUGAGAGACGACAUAUUUCAAUCUCCAUACGAACCGGAGGAUGAUUCGUUAUGGUUGCCAGCUCAAAUGUUACACGCAAUGAGUUCGAUGCUUUCGCAGUCGGACGAUACUCAAACGGAUAUGCUUAAAGUUUUACUUCAAGUCGCAUGUUCCCCAUAUUGGACGAUGAACGGCCGUUUGAUCAUCGCAAUACUUACAACUUGCAGCGAAGCUUUUGAGAAUGGAAAUCAAGCUGUUCGUACUGCGGCACAGGCUGCAACGAGCCAAACCUUAAGAUCCUUUUGUUUGUUUUUAGACGAGGAAUGUCAGGAGAUGGAUGAGAACGCGAAAAAAAAUAAAAAUGUACGAGAACGUGGUGUGUCGUGUUUCAACGAGGCCUUGCCGAUUCUUCAAUAUAUUUGUAGUAAACUUGACGAAGCUCAAAAGACAUUUUGUUACAGUAACGCGAGAAACAGUAGUACGGUAGUGUUUCUUUUGGAAUGUCUUCAUACUUUGAUAUCGUCGCUUCCGCAAAAGAUUCACACGAACGCACACUUUACUACCUUUCUCUGGCAAAAAUUUUGUCCAGCUUUGAUAGCUUUUCUAGGAACACCUAGAGUAGAUAAAACUUUUACAUCGAGAGAGGGUAAGGAAAAUGAAGUUGGUAGAGGAUCGGGAUAUCUCGCUACGUCAUUAAGUUUUGACAGUCAUCAGGCAAAGACUGUAUACAGCAUUGGAACUGAGCUUGUGAGACUGGUUGGCUGUGUAGGUCCUUUAAGACCGGUGUUAGAGUCAGUUUUUCAUAGAAUGUUAUUAUAUCCUCCACUUCAGCAACGUUUAGAACCUUUGAAAGCAUUGAAAGAAUUGUUGCACAGUCCUAGUCGUAUGGUAGACUUCGCUGGUCCUUUACUCGUUGAGGAAGAUCGUUCGAGUCAUAUACAAAGCGAUAUGGCGUUAAUGAGAUUAGCAAUGGACUCGAUCGAAGAAUCAACAACAGGAGGAUUAUCUAUUUUACAUGCCAGUGUUUCUUGCAUAGUUGCAAUGCUUUCAGCACUUCAAGAACUUUCCGAGGGCAAAGCUAUUAAUCAUAAUUACACUUGCACGAUCAAUAGUUUGUACGAGGAUUUGGAAUCUUGCGACUAUCGUGGGCCUUUGACUUACCAGAGUAUGGCAAGAUUGCCAAAAACUUAUAGGGAACAAUUAGAGUUAAUGAAGAAAGGUAUUGGUUCAGAUUCAGACUCAUCAGGUCAUGGACCAUCGGAAGAUGGUGAUUCGACGGACACAGAAGGUCCUCAAAACGAAUCGGACGAGGUGCAUGAGGAUAACAGUCUCGAUGAUAACGAUUAUGCUAUCGAGAAUGAAAGAGAGAGACUUAGAUUAGAAAAAUUACCUAAAUGUCUUCAUGUAGGUCGACAGGUUGCCGAUGAGUGUAACGUUGACGUUGAAAGACAUAACGCAAGAAAAUUUGUUAAAACUUUACGAAGCGAUUUAAUACCAAUGGUGCUUAUACUUAGGAGUAAUAUCGAAGUUGACGAAGCAUUGCAAAAUUUUGCUUCGGAAUAUUGUCAAGAAGUAUUUGCAGUUCAACAAAAAAUACAAGAAAGAACAGAAAAUACAGAUAAUACAGAUUCAUGCCCGCUUAUUACGAUUAUGAACGCCGAUGGAAUUUAUUUGGCAACUUAUGCGGCAUUGCUACUUAAUCUUAAAUUAAUUAGAAUGAAUUACUAUAACGAAGAUAGUCGUCAAGUGCCAAUUAGCGAGGAACAAUUCGUGGAAGAAGUGCAUGGUUCUGGUGUAUUAGUUUAUUUAUCGGCCACUUGGCUUUCAGAAUUAUAUCAGCAAGUACUUGCUUGUAAUUUGCUUGAAAAAUGUGGAUACAAUCCGAACUCAACUGAAAACAGUGCAUUAGUGAACGUUCUUACUGAUGUCGAUGGUAUUCCUGGUAGUCAGAGAGGUGGACAACUAUUGUCGGAUUACAUAAGAUUAGAAAAAGCUCAACUUUCUCGAAGUGAACCGACACCUGAAGCUGAAGCCGGUGCUAAGCUUUCAAGACGUGUGCUAACUUGUUGCUGGGGAAGUAUGAUGGCUGUUUUAUCGAUUGGACUCAAUCCUCCAAAGGAAGAAAAUAAUAAAGGGAUUUUGAACAGAGAUGGUGGGAGAAGAGAGAUAAGAGAUACCGUUGUUUUGUCUUUGGAAGGUCUUCACAAGGCUGCAACUUUGAGUAAUAUUCUAGGAUUGCAGAAUCGAUGCGGAUCUAUUUUUGCUCUAUUAGCGAAAGCUGCAUGUACAGAACAAUCCAUAUCAAAGAUAACUCGAACGAAAGAUGUUCUUCGAUUGAAAUUACAAAACAGAGCAACGAAUCUUCAUACUUCCCACGCUUUGAGCAUGGACGUACUUUUAGGUAGAGGAUUGGAGCUUGGUAGUCACGGUAGUGAUUGUUGGCCCCAUGUUUUUACGUGCUGUUUGUACGUGAGCAAAUUAGAACACGAUUUUUUUGGUCGAAAUCAAAAUCCAUCUCUUCCCAAGACACAUCAAAAGAAAGAAAAGAAAGAAUCUGCUAACGGUGAUAUCAAAGGUAGUCAAGACAGACUUCGACUGAAUUUUAAUAUAGUUGACGAAGAAGAAACUUGCGUUGAUGUAUAUAGUUUUCUAUCGAGUCCCUAUGCACAAAAUCCAAGCUCCGAUACAAUACCAGAAAUUAUUCAAGAAUCUAAUGCAGAUAACCAAUUCAAUGGCAUCUUACCCGUGGAUUACGCAGCUAAGAUCAUUUGUGUUCUCUCUCAACGAGUUGACAGAUUGUUCGAAGAUGCAGCCUUAAAAUUAAAUCUUAAAGCUCUUUGUUUAUUCUUAACAGCAUUAUGCAGAGCGAGCAAAGCACAAUUGUUUAAAACAACGGACGGUUUAAAAGACAAUAAAAGGUUCUGGUGGAGGAGAAGUAAACCAAGAGAAAACGAAUUAAACGUAUUGUUAUUGACAAGAUUAGGUGAAGUUAUGUUGAAGUGUGUAAAAAGUGGAAGACCAUUGAUUCAUAUAAUGAGGGUUUGGAGUAUUUUGGGUCCUCAUUUUAUGGAAGCUGCCUGUCACAAAGAUCGAAGUAUCUCAAAAAAGGCAGUACAAUGUAUUCACGAUUCGAUGGCUGCUUUGUUAAACGAACAAAUAGAAUUACCACAUUUUCAUUUCAACGAGGCCCUCUUUAAGCCCUUUGAAAAUUUACUCUGUUUAGAACUUUGCGACGGUGAUGUUCAAGAUCAGAUCGUUAGUUGUAUUUGCGAAUUCGUGGAGACGAAUAGAACGGAGAUUCGUUCAGGAUGGCGACCAUUAUUCGGUGCAUUACGAGUUGCAUCUGUCGGUAAUUCGGAAUCCGUGGAAUCCGCACCACUUUUAGAAGUCUUCAGAGUAUUUCUAUCGACCGACAAUACAUUGGUAUUUGCGAACGCAGCAUUGGAUUGUAUUCUUUGUCUUCUUAGACACGUCAGAGGUAGUGGAGAUAACGAGUUUCAUCAGGAUGAACAGGAUCAAAUCGACGUUAUGGAAUCUAGACGCAUGAGACUCUGCGUAGAAAGUUUGAAGUAUCUGUUGAGUUGCAGCGACAUAUUAGCAUCGAUGUAUCGUAUGCCAGCUUGCCCGAUUUUCCAUUCAGCUCAGAGAAUUCAAGUUUCGACGAUUCCUCAAUACGUGGAUUCAACGAUUCCUAACAUGGAGAUGCCCAGGUUUGACAUAGACUCCGACUCGAUGAUGCAAGGAAUUAUAUCCGAAAAGUCUUACGAGAUACUUUCAACACCACCCGGAAAUGAAUCUUAUAGUACUAUGACUCUACAAAGUAUGGACAAGCCGAGUGGUAUUCUGCGAGUAUGGUAUAUUCUCAUCGAGGGUUUAGCCAGUGCCACGAUGAUAUGUCCUAGACGUUAUCAACCGCAUACUUUGGAAACAUUGUUCCAUCUGUUACGCGAUAUUCUCAACGUACCUGGACCAGGUUUUGGACUCUAUUGCGUGAAUCAUUUACUUUUACCAAUGGUACAAAAUUGGUUGAGAAAAACUUCGAAGAUCUUCAGGGGUUGGGAUAACUUCGCGCCGAAUUUCAAACAAUGUUGUGGUCUUACCACCGAUCUCGUAGUAGACUACUUGACACACCUGCAAGGUCCUGAAGUCGUUAGAAACGACACCUAUUUGCCAGCUACUACGUUGAUGUUGAAACAGCUUUUACUGGUAAUGGGGGAAUGCGUCGUUCAACCCACAGAGAGUAUAGCCCGUCUCGGUUGCGCUUGCAUCAGACACGUUUUGGUGAGCAGUGGUCCGAUACUCACAUCGGAACAAUGGGAGGUCUGCGGUGUAGCUUGCUAUCGUGCCUGUUCAAAUUCACUUCAAGAGUUACGCCUGUUGACCAUGGCUUUCUCACCAAGAUCAGAAUCUUUCUACGGUGACAUCGCACAGGUGAAGGUCGCUGCCCGUCGGGAUGCAACGCCCGAGGAAACCGAAAGAUUACGGCAACUAGCUGCACAGGUGUUCCUCCUGGAGGAACAGCGUGCUGAAGAUUAUUCAAGGUCAUCUGAUGAGAGAUCUUACGUCUUCCUCGUGUAUCCACCAGCUGUGGGUGCCACACUUAAUCCAGAUCUGUUCAUCGUCAGGAUUCAACUACGAGCAUUGGUGGUUGGUCUUUUGGUCCAUAAAAUGCUACUCAAUUGUGUCGCCUGCGUUCUUCUUCAGGGUGAUCCCUCGAUCUCGAGCUUAUCUCACGUGACCUCACACGGAACUGCUUCGGUGUCCUACAAAUCAACGAAAACUGUCCAAUAUUCUUACAUGAAUUCACGACACAUCGAAAUUUUUCUAUCGGCAUUGGACCUCUCAUACGCCGCAGCUUUGAAAUUCGAUUGUCGACCUGGUUUAAAGUUCUUAGUACAGAAAGUAGCUGAUCUCGAACAACCGGCAAAUCUUUAUCGACAAGCUGGAGCCGCUUGGAGCAUCAAAUUAAUCGCUUUGUUCGAAUUAUUUCUUCGCGAGGCUGAGGAAACUUCGGUGGAUUUAGAUUACGUUAAAAAUUUUCUAUCCAAUGGUAAUAAUAAAAAUGAGAACGAAUCUAACUCGAAGUAUCAGAAGAUAAAGAAAUAUCUUAGACAGAUACAAUCGAUUUUCGAAGAACUUUGCGACAUGUACGUCGAAGUGGUUCGCAAUUACGAUGGAAAAUACACGAAAGCUGAUAGUUUCGCCGAAAGAAAAAUUUUUCUAUUGGUUGCUCAACCUGACGAUUAUCCUGAAAUCACGAGGAAGGAACCGAUUCAUGACAGAAUCAUUACGAGCACACCGGCACCUACCGAAUCGCGUAUGCAUAAUCCUUUAGUAGACAGGGAUGAGGAUCAAGUCGACGAUGCUGAUGAAAACGAAGAUCCGGAGGAUCUCGAGGAUCCUGAAAUUUAUAAUCCUAGUUUGGACGAUGAGAGUGGUUUGGAGGAACUUGGACAGGAAUGUGAAAAUGAUCUUAGACCUUUCAGAUUAUCCGAUUUAGCAGCUGAAUAUUCGACAGAUUCCGGUCCUCAUUCGGAGCCUGAAACGGAUGAUUCUAGGCCAGCUUCUAGAUUAGGUUCUGUCACUGAGAGAAUAGUUUAUUUCGAUCGAUCAGGAGGUACUUCAAGCGAAGGUUACGUCGAUGCCAAACUCGUAGCUAUGACACCGGCACCUCCAGAAAUGAUGAACAGCCAGAAUCAAUUGUAUCCUCUUUGGAGAACUACUUCAUCACCUGACACUUCGGGUAUCUCGAUACCAGAAGUUAUAUUACCUAGCAGUAAUGCAACCUUGAACGAUGCACUAGAUUACGAGAAACAACCAAUAACCAUUCAACGACGUAAAAGCGAGGCAUGUUUACUAUCGAAAAGAACUUCCUUAAAAUUCAUCAUGACCGCCGAUUUAGAAAAUUUCAACGAUUCGGUUAGUUUCGAUCCAACAAAUUUACGUUCUAAAUCGGUAAUGGAAUUACGAAGAACACGAGAUACUUCAGUUCUUGAAUCUCCCAAGAUCAUUCUCGAGAAAUCAAUUUCGCGCUAUUCGAAAGAUGACGAAGAUGACGAUGAUGACAAUAACGUCGUUGGCGAUGAAGACGAUGAUGAUGACGAUGACGAUGAAGACGAUGAUGACUUAUCGAUUGAUCGUUCUUAUAAAAACGUUAACAACAUUGACGAUCUUUUGCGCGAUUACGAACGUAGUAAACGCGGAUUUAGAACUAAUCCAUUUUUAAGGGACGAGGAAGACGAUACCGAUACUUUUAUUAAUAAUGAUAAACAAUUUUUCAGUCACGAGAUUGAAUAUAGAAAAAAAAGGAACGUUAGUAAGGACAGCGAGGCUCAUAGGAAAGCAUGGGCCGAGACUUUGAGUUCAGUUCUCGAAUGGAUUUUAGCUUUGCCGGAUGAACGGUUGGCGCCGUUACUUCCGGUUUUGGUGCGUGGCGUCAGGAUUCUUACCAGACAUGCUAUCGAUCAGAUCUUGAAACAACGACUAUCAUCUCUGUUUCACCGAAUUGCUGUCUUUUACGGAUUGACCAACAACUAGGAACAGCUACAGCUCAUCUGGGAGCAAAUGUUUUUUUCUAUGGUCCAUUAAGAAUUUUCAACCAAGAAACAUUCUCUGGAUGAGCUAAUUCAUUUUUCAUUUUUUGGUCUUUUUCUCCCCCAAAUAAAAUCAAGGAAGAGGGAGAACAAAAGAGAGGGAGAGAAAGGGAGAGAGAGAAAGAGAAAGAGAAAGAGAGAGAGAGAGAG